AUGAUAGAGCUGUAUGUUGAGUUUACACAGCAGUUAGGGCUGGGCGCGGUCGGCGAGGAGGUCAAUGUUGAUGAGCUCGGGGAUAUAGAUUGGGAAGAAGAUAAUAAUGACAGUGAAGAGGAGUUCGAAGCCAACUAUGAAGUUGAUGGCGAAAAUGAUGACGGAGACUUGGCAGGCAAUUCGGCGAUGCAAAAUGAAGCAGAUGUGAUUGUAAGCCAGUACCCGUUUGGUGAAGGCAACGCUCCGGCGGAAGAUGGCAAGUUUAGUGUCGGAAUGGAAUUUGGUUCGAGAGAGUCGGUGAUAUCUGCAAUCAAAAGCUACACUAUCUCUAGAGGAGUUGAUUACACUGUGUAUGAGUCUGAGCUGCGGACAUUCUAUGCGAAAUGCAAGGGUUAUGGUGAAGGGUGCGAUUGGCUUAUUCGAGCUAGCUUGAUUAGAAAGAAAGCAUAUGCCAUUAGGCCGUUGGUCGAAGCAGACUCCUCGAUAAAGGUGAAGUCUGUUAUUACAGAAGUUCAAUCCAGGUUCAACUACACUGUGAGUUACUGCAAGGCUUGGUUGGCAAAGCAGAAAGUUAUCGCAAAAGUUUUUGGUGAGUGGGAAGUUUCUUACCAAACUCUGUCAGUAUGGUUGAAAGCAAUGACUAUGAAGAUGUCGAGGUCUUGUGUUCAAAUAAAAACGCUCUUCGUUUACCAUGACAGUGAGGAGGUUCAAGGUGUAAGAGUUCUACACCGUAUUUUUUGGAGUUUCUAUCCAUGUAUUGUAACGGUCAAACACUGCAAGCCACUGGUACAGGUUGAUGGCACACAUCUGUACCGAAAAUAUAAAGGUGCACUUCUGGUUGCGGUUGCACAAGAUGGAAACCAAAACAUUGUGCCUAUUGCAUUUGUGAUAAUCGAGGGCGAGACGGCAGACGCAUGGGAGUUUUUUCUAACCAAUUUGCGGAGAUAUGUUGUUACCGUUGAUGGUGUGGGUAUUAUUUCUGACUGCCAUAUCUCCAUCGAUGCUGCAAUAGCUCGCAGUAAGGAUGCAUGGUCACCACCAAGAGCAUGGCACAUGUACUGCAUCAGACACAUUAGGUCCAACUUCUUAAGGAGGUUCAAGGCUCCGUAUUUGCAUAAACUCGCGGUGAACACAGGCUAUUCUAGGACGGAACAAGAGUACAACAAAAAUUACCAGAGGCUUAAAAAGAGGGGUGAGGCGUAUACUCAAUGUUGCGAUGACAUCAGUGUUGAGAGAUGGGUGUUGGCAUUCGAUGGGGGGUCAUCGUUGGGGACAUAUGACGACAAACUUGGUAGAGUACAUAAAUUAUGUCCUAAAGGGUGCACGCAACCUUCCUGUAACUGCCAUUGUUAG